AUGCCAACCCCAUAUGUCCAGCGUAAUCAGGACUUCUUCUAUAAGAUCACCAAAGCCCACCGCAUCAGUACAUCCCUUACGCCAACCCCAUAUAUUCAGCGUUAUCAGGAUUUCCCCUAUAACAUCACCAACGCCCACCGCAUCAGUACAUCACUUAUGCCAACCCCAUAUGUCCAGCGUAAUCAGGACUUCUUCUAUAAGAUCCCAAAGCCCACCGCAAUCAGGCGUUAUCUUUCCCCUAUAACAAAUCAACGCCCACCGCAUCAGUACAUCACUCAUCCAACCCCAUAUUGUUUUAAAUUCUUGAUUUCUUUCAUUAUUUUUUCUUUCUUUCUUACUUACUUUCUUUCUUUCUUUCUUUCUUUCUUUCUUACUUUCUUUCUUUCUUUCUUUCUUUCAAAGUGUUCCUUUUUGUGUUUUAAAUUCUUGAUUUCUUUCAUUAUUUUUUCUUUCUUUCUUUCUUACUUUCUUUCUUACUUUCUUUCUUCGAUUUACUUGUUCCUUUCUUUCUUUCUUUCUUUCCUUCUUUCUUACUUUCUUUCUUCGAUUUACUUUGUUUCUUUCUUUCUUCCUUUCUUUCAUUUUUUCUUUACGUCUUUCUUGCUUUCCUCCUUUCUUUCCUUUUUUAUACUUUCUAAUUUUCUUUCAUUUUUCUUUCUUUCGUUCUUUCUAUCUUUCUUUCUCUCUUCUAUUCUUUCUUUCUACGUCUUCCUUUCUAACUCGUUUCCAUCUUUUUUUAAGUCUUUCCGUUCUUAUUUUUCAUUUUAUUUUAAAAGUGCCUCUUUCUUCCUUCGUCCAAUUCCUUCCUUCUUUAUUUGGAUGGGGGGUCAUUUCCCUAUUUCUGCUGUCUAUCCAGUUUACUUUUACUCAUAUAUAAGAGUUAUUUCUCCUUUCUUUUUUUCUUUCUUUCUUUCAUUCUUUCUUUCAUUGUACUUGUUACUUUCUGUGUCAUUUCUCUCUUUCUUAAUUCUAUCAAUUCAUAAUUUUUCUUUCUUUCUUUCAUUCUUUCAUUCUUUCUUUCUAUGUUUGUCUAUUUCUUUUAUUUUUUCUCUCAUUUUUUUCAUUUUUUCUUCCUUUGCGUUCCUUUCUGUCACAUUUUCCUUGUUUUCGUCCUUACAUCGUUGA